CUUUUCAAUGCAACUGUGCAAUGCAACGAGGGGCCUUCCCGGUCUGUGUUGUUGAUUUUUUCAAUGCACCUGGGCACUGUAAUUAGGUGCCUUCACCGGUCUGUUGUUGCAUUUUUCAAUGCAACUGGGCACUAUAUUAAGGUCCUUUCUGCAGUAUUACCAUCAUCAGUGAAAAAUGGCAACACCAACCCCCAUUAAUAAAACAGAAGAGGAAUGGAGGGUGAUUCUCUCCCCCGAGCAGUUUCGAAUCCUUCGCCAGAAAGGAACUGAAUUGAAGGGUACGGGAGAAUAUGACAAAUUUUAUGAAGAAGGAGUUUACAACUGUGUUGGCUGUGGAACACCUCUUUACAAGUCUUCAACCAAGUUUGAUUCUGGUUGUGGCUGGCCUUCUUUCUACGAGGGUUUUCCUGGAGCCAUCAACCGAUCUCCUGACCCAGAUGGGAGGAGGACAGAGAUAACUUGUGCAGCCUGUGGUGGGCACUUGGGUCAUGUUACCAAGGGAGAGGGAUACAAGACCCCAACUGAUGAACGCCACUGUGUGAAUAGUGUUUCUGUCAAAUUUGUUCCUGGGAAUGCCACUGCUUCAAUAUGAAACCUUCUUCUAUUGGAGGUGUUUAUUGAAACGUUGUGUUGUGUUGUAGUGGUAAUUUGGAUUUUCAAAGAAACCUUGCUAGCUUAGCCCAGUGCUAAGAGCUUGAAUAACUGCGCAUGCUGCACUUUAGUUCUCAAAGCAAUCAAAUCCUCUGUGUUUUAAUCUUGUA